GAGGCGCUCUGCAGAUAGCCACGCCCACGCGGACACAAAAUUCCAGGCAACCAAAAAAACUCACCACGCCUACCGACGGAUAUGUAUAUAAACAUGGGUGUCGUACGAGUGCUUUCCGCGUCUCCUCCGUCUCCCAGAAUACAAAUCACGAUCCAUCAUCCAACAUGUCUUUGAUCUCCCAGUUUCUACAGCAGACUGUGUAUUUGGGUGCAUCUGAAAAUGUUGGUUUUCAGGGCACCGUGACACCGUUCCCUGCAUUUAACCCAGCCGGAGAUGCGGCCGUUCUGGACCAAGCCAUCAAGACCAAGGGCGUCGACGAGAACACCAUCAUCGAAGUUCUAGUGAAGCGGACCAACGAACAGAGGCAGCAGAUCAAAGCUGCGUACCAAAAGACAGCUGGCAAACCCCUCGAUGUAGCUCUGAAGGCAGCUCUGAAAGGUGAGCUGGAAGAUGUGGUUCUGGCUUUGCUUUGUACUCCGGCUCAGUAUGAUGCCCAUGAACUCAAACUGGCCAUGAAGGGCUUGGGCACAGAUGAGGACACCUUGGUUGAGAUUUUGGCCUCCAGAACCAACAAGGAGAUCAGAGACCUCAAAAAUGCCUACAAGGAAGAAUUCAAGAAGGAUCUGGAGGCGGACAUCAAGUCUGACACCAGCGGACACUUCAGGGACGGCCUUCUGGCUCUCUGCAAGGCUGCCAGGAGUGAAGACCCCAGUGUGAACGCGGAGCUGGCGGACAAAGAUGCCAGGGACCUUUACGAAGCCGGAGAGAAAAAGAAAGGCACCGACUGCGCCGUGUUCAUCAACAUCCUGACCAGCAGAAGCGCUCCUCAACUCAGAAAAGUUUUCGAUUGCUACUCAAAGUACAGCAAAGUAGAUGUGGCCAAAGCAAUUGACCUGGAGCUGAAGGGAGACAUCGAGAACCUUUUGAUUUCUGUCGUGAAAUGUGCCGGGAGCAAGCCUGCUUACUUUGCUGAAAGACUCAACCUGGCAAUGAAGGGCUCCGGCUACAGAGGGAAGAUCCUGACCAGGAUCAUGGUGAGCCGCUCGGAGAUCGACAUGGUGCAGAUCAAGAAGGAAUACAAGACUAAAUAUGGCAAGACCCUCUACAAGGACAUUCUGGACGACACCAAGGGUGACUAUGAGAAGAUCCUUUUGGCGCUGUGUGGAAGUGAUCAGUAAACAGCAACUUUUUUUCCCCCCCAUACUGCCAGUUGUUUGUCAUCAAAAUAAUUUUUGAUUAAAAAGCAACAUUUCUUAAAGUGCCA